ACUCUCAUCGCAUCCAGUCGUCAAAGUGACGGGUCUAUGGUGCGGAUCAAGCGUAGCGCAGCCUAAUGAUGUCUGACAUGGCAGAGGAUCGUAGAGGCGGGUCAUGAUGCGCGCCGAGACCCGCACAAGCUUUUAGACAUCCGCCUGGUAGUUGGAACGGCGCAGCAGGAAACGGACGAGCGUCGCGCCUUAUUUUAGGUAGGUCAUGCCCAUGUACUUGCGGGCUGCUAUUCCGCUUUUUGGAAUCUGGCCAUCACUUGCGACGUCCUGCCACAGUGUAGGACCGACUCCUGAACGUCAACAUGCUUCAAUACGACAAGAUUUUGAAACUCGCCCUGGUGCCGUCAAUUGUCUUCCUCCUCAUAUCCCUCGUCUCGGUGGCAUUGACGACGCAUUACUGGAUCCUUACAGAUUGGGUCAUACCACGCGGUCUCAAAGUAGUAACAAGCAAUUUCAACGACCGACUGCAACAGUACGAGACAGACGACACAAUCGUUUACUUCAAGGAGGCCUCGACAGAUGCGACUAUCGUUUCUGGAUGUCUGAAUUUGACGGCGGCUAUUGUGGCUCUUAUUGCCUGGAGUACGUUGCGCAAACCAGAUAUGGACUCGCAGUACAACAUUAGCACACGUCGCUUUUGGAUGCUUAGUAUUGUUGUUACCACUCUUGCUGGAUCUGCAACUGCUCUUUCCGCCGUCGUGCUUCACUAUACCGAACGAGGCGACGACCAGUGGGGCUGCAGUUCCGAGAGGUUGAUGAUGAGUGGCAAACUGAACACGAAUCAGUACUGCACACGCGAGAUGGCAGCUUGCAACUAUCAACCAGGCUUCGUGCCAAGGGGAGACCGCGAGAAUACCAGCAUAGCUUGCACCGAAGCGGUAACUGUGAAAUGGUUGCAGAUCGUCAUGAUCGUGAAUGCUCUGAUAAUACUGGUGAUGUUCUCCCUCCAAGCACGCCUCCGAAGAAAGUCACGAGAAGCACGAUUGAACGAACCGGUACCGGAGGAAAAGACGGCACCAUGAUGAUGGCGACAUCCUGAUGCGAUACGAUAUUUACGACAUACUCACGAACUUUUACGACACACUCCUUUCACGAAUUCAUUCAACUCAAAGCAUUGCAUUAUCAUCGGAGUUUGGGCUACAGCCAGAAACACUUUUCUGUAAUUUACAAUAAUGAUUGCCAGGCUGAGUCAUGGUCAUAAACCUUGGAAGUAAGAGCGGGAGCGAUUUCAUAGGCAACAAUUAACGCGCCUCAUAUCAAACGGUUCU